UGGCGGCGUCGUUGCGAGAAAAAGAAUUCAACGUUGAUAUUUUUACUAUUUUAAAUCAUCAAAAUGAACACGAUGGUAAUAAUAAAAAGGAAGAUAUGGAUGCUGGAGUCAAUGCAAAAGAAAUGUACAAGCUUAAAUUUGAAGGUCUUGUGCGAAUUUGUUUUUUUUAGCUUGCUUUUUCUGUUUGCUAGCUAGCUAGCAGCUAGAGCUACAUAUCCUAGCCAUAAUAGCUAGCUGUGAGCCCUUAUCCUCCUUAUUCCACGAUAUCUAAUCAGCUGCAAUGUGACAUGGUUACAGCCCUUUUUAGCUGGUCAGCUGACUAGCUAUGCUAUAUAGAUGAGUUCCAGCAGUGUGACGUCAUUUGUUUACUUUUUGGCGGUAAAGCUCUAGGGCUCUGGCAUUCAGAGCUUGCUGAAGAGAGGUUUUUUCCUGUGCAUUUCUUCUCGCGGAAACGUCAUUGAGGUUUUCAACUACUAUCGAGUGUAGAUUGAUGCCUUCUGCACGGCUGUUUCGCUACGGUCAAACCGCGGACAAAAUUAAGAUGGCUUCCACAAUUUUUUUGGAAAUUUUGUAUUUUUAUCAUUUUUUAAAUUAUUGAAACUUUUUUUGUGUUGUUUUAAUUUUACUGCAUUAAAAAGUAUUAAAACGAUCUACUUUUCCCCUUUUUAAAUAUAUAAAUAUGUUAUACAUGUGUGUUAUAAAUUUCGAGUUAUUUCGUCAAACAAAACACACAAAACUAAAAAAAAACAUUAUUUUUGGCGAAAGUAUACCAUCUUUCCAACCUUGUGCCAACGUCGCGCUACUAGCUAUGGACUUGAAAAUUGGUAUGGGGGGCCUGGAAACAUGGUUCUAUUGGCCGGUACCGUGCACCGUUCGUCUCGCAAACUAUAACCUACUUAAAUUUUAAGUUAAAGUCUUCUUUAGGCGCUAAAAAAGAGGAGAAAAAGUUGCCAAAGUGGUGCACGGCGAUUUGAUGUAGUGUGAUCCCUUUUCUGUCUAAUUAAAUAAUUAUCUAAACUUCUAAGCAAGUCACAGUGAUGGCGUUUAAUGUUUUGGUAGGUAUGGUUUUUCCCAGCAAAAUUACGGCAACCCGGUGUUUACUUUUGACUUGAUUGCUCGACCCGGGCAUCCUAAUCCGAAACCGGGAUUUUUUGAAAAUGUUGGAAUAAGCGAGACAACGGUGUCUUAGCAAUUUUGAAGCUAGCUAAAGUUUGGCAGAGCACGAGGUAAGGGAAAAACAGUAAACUACUUUAUUUUGCAGGGAUUUUAAUAUUAUUUUUUUGCUAUAAGAUCACCCUUGGUUUUAAGAAAUUGUUUUAUAGCUUGUAAAACUUCUUUUUUCUUCUGUUUUGUAUUUUUCUGUAAAGAGUAGCUAUUUUUUGGUCCUACAGUUUUGCAUUUUGCAUCGUGUUUUGUAGCUAAGUCACUUAAUACUUCUUUUUUAUAUUUAGUUAAGACUUUGGUGGGCUUUUUCAAGAUAAAAUUGUUGAAAUCAAAGAUGUUUAUGGCUAGCUAGCUAAUCUUGGCUUUAUCACAAGAUUGGGUGCUAUUUUAUACAAUUUAUAAAGAAACACAACAUGAUUGCUUUGUAUAUAUUUAAUGUAUAUAAUAAACUAUUUAUGCACAACUUGAGUUAUUUUCUACUAGCAUGAUAAACUAGAAUGUUGAAACUGUCGACUCUGAAUGACGUUUUAUUUAAUGUAUGAUGUCACAUAUUUGGCCUGAAAACCCUUAGGACCAAAAGUGACCCUUUGAACAAUUUUGGACAGAUAAAUAUUACAUCUACAUCAUCUUUAAUGGCCUCAGAAUCCAAAGUAAUGUUUUUUAUUCAGUUAAUAAACGAAUUUUAAGCAUACAUUCAGGCUCUAAAGGUCGUUUUUCAAAUAAUUUUUCCCAUUUGGCCCAAAAAUAACCCUUUGGACAAUUUCGGACAGACUAAUCUGUCAUCUACAACAUCUUUAAUGGCCUUAGAAUCCAAAGUAAUGUUUUUUGUUCAGUUAAUAAACAAACUUUAAGCAUACAUUGAGGCUCUAAAGGCCGUUUUUCACAUAGGUCUCACAUUUGGCCCAAAAAUAACCCUUUGGACAAUUUCGGACAGUAAUAAAAUAAAUUAAUUUUUAUUCCAGAUAUUUAACCUAACCUUUGGACCAUAAAAAACAUGUUUCCUUAACUUUAUUCUAGAGAUAUUGUGGAAGACAUUGAUCUAAAUGAUAAUUUUUAAGUCAUUUUUAGACAUUUUGGCCUAAAUAUACCAAUUUCGGACAGGUGUCCAAAAAUUUUUUUCUUUUAAUAAUAUGGACAAUUUAUCCAAGAUUAUUAUUCUUUUUACAGAAUAUAAAAAUUUUAUUUCGUUCUUGAGAUAUCCUGUUUUAACUGAGAGGGUAAUUCGAAUUAUUUUUUCGUAACAUUUUUGUCCGCUUCGAAACAGCUGUGUCUGAUUGAAUAAAAAUAACCUCGCUUCACCUAGCGUCCCCAUCCUUUUUCCUGCCACCCAAAUGGAAAGCCAAAGAACUUCCUGCUGAAAAUGUAAGCAAUGGAAUUCAUCUAGCUAUAGCUAUAUCAUCAGUCAAAGGCUUGACUGUUCUGCAUCAGCCAGAGGACAUAUCCCCAGUAGUAUAUUGAUUUAGGGGCCUUCAAAAAUUUAUCUUGGGCCCCAUUAACAAGAUUUUGUCCGUUAAGGUCUUCACCUCUUAACGGAUCCUCCCCCAAAAAACUGAAAUGAUUCGCUGGUUUACGACAAUAUGCUCUUCCUACUACCUCGUGAUGUUGAGACUGUGCUGCCAUCUUGAUGCCUUCUAAAACAUUUUGGGGUUGAUUAUAAUGCUCUGACAUUUUCAGUCAAGUUAUAGAACAAUAAAAAAUGGUUUUUAAUGGACAAUAUCCUAUUAUCAGGGCCCAAAAUAUUUUUAGAAGGCCCCUUUGCUAAAGCGCAGGUACCAAUAGGUAGUAGCUAUAGCUAGCUAGCUAUAGCUAUGCUGAUAGUUGUGGAAGUCAUUUUUGAAGCAGUCUGUUUUGCAGGGAAUUAAUCAAAUUUAAAACAUAUAUAGCUAUACCUUCCGCUCCCAAAUAAGUUAAUCUCAAAACGUUCAUAACAUUAUUACUACUGAACAAAAAAUCAUUUGUUUCGCAAAUCAAAUUGUAAAAACUAGAAAUUUAACCUUAAAGAUAGUGUGUUUCCCAACUUCGUUCAGUUCUCCACCAUAUCGAAAUGGUUAUAUACUUGUUCAAACUUAUUUAGGAUAUAUAUAUUUAUAUAUACUCCAAUUGUGACCAAUUUUGACGAUGAUGUUUGCCGCUUUUCACUCUAGCUCUUUUUCAAGAUAGUGAUCGAAUUUGCAUUCAAGUUUUAUUUUUUAUAUGCUCUCUUAUAAAUGCAAAUGGGAAAAAGGGAUAUAUUUUCUUAAACUAUGUUAUAAGUAAAGUCAAUGAGCUAUAUCAGGACAAGAUAGAGAAACUAUCACAAGAACAAAUUCACCAUUAAUAAUCAUGAAAUGAUGGUCUUUUUAAUAUUUCAGAAUAAAUUGCAUAAGUCUAACAGCUAAUUAAGAAAUUACUAAUUAUAACCUGAGAAAAUUAAAUGCAGUCUCAAAGAAAUACUUAAUUUCUAAUUUUACUAGGCAGAGUGGUUGCUGUACUUGGACAUUGAAGUGCUAUAUUUAGACUCUGUUGGCUGCUUUUUCCCCUUAUUCUUUUAGAUACUUGGCUUGAACGUUUGUUGAACUCAGUGGAUAACUAUUUCGUACUUUAAAAGACAAUGUUUGGAAUCAUAUCAGGUGCACAGUUGCUCCAGUUUUAAGUGGAAAAUCUCAAAGGAAAAGAAAGGUUCUGAAAAAAGUAAAGGAGGGUAUUCAGAAAAAAGUGGAGAAAAUGUUUGAAACUGACGUAGAUGGAAGUGAGACGAUCAAACAUAUUGAGAGUGACCUAUACGAACGAUUUCAGGUUCGGUUGGAGUUGAUAAAGUACAUGAAAGGACAAGAGGGAAGUGAAUCUGUUGUCAGCGGCUGCUAUCCCUUACCGGAAAGAAAUAAACUUGAUGGACAAGAUGAAUGUGAUGCCGAUAGUCAAGAAACAAAAAGCUCUGAAACUGAUGAACUUUCCAAUGAUGUCCCACUAAGAAAGAAGAAAAAAUGGUCGUACAUGCCUACAAAACAAGACGAACUGGUAGAAAAACUGGAUGGCGCCAAUAAGCGGUUGACGAGACUAGAAAAUUUAACAUCAACAUUGAGCUAUCGGAUCCACGAAUUGAAAGAAAAAAAUGCGUCGCUGCUGCUAAGAAAUGCCGAAUUCACAAGGUUAAAGCUGGUAGAACAAUUAGGCAUGAAUCGAUCAGUACAAAUGGUUGAUGCGUCCUUGUUUGCGAGUCGCUUUCAUACAGGAGAUCCACUAUUGCAAGAGGAAACCCCUUGCAUUCUAGAUUCAGCGUUCAUUUCUACGCUGAAAAUAACAGAUUUUUGUGAAGGUGUUUUUGCUUCUACUAAAAGGGCUAUGUUCGAUGACGGAGAUACUGUGAUAUUGAAAACGUUUUCAAAAGAUUGUCGUCAAAAUAACAUUAAAAAUGUUGCCCAUGUAAGUCACGAGCACCGGAUUUUGAAGUUUAUUGGUCGGCACGAAAACCUAGUGAGCAGCAUUGGAGUCGUGCAUUUCGAUCAAUCGUAUUAUUCCGUGCUUCAUUACGUUGCUGGUUAUACUCUUGAUCGCCAUUGGAAAUUGGGUUUUCCAGACAUUUCUUCAACUUCAGUUUUUAAGCGAAUUCUGACAGGCGUUGCAAGCGGAAUUAGCUUCUUGCAUAGUAAGGGUGUGUUACACAACCAUAUCGUUGCAGACAAUGUAAUUCUUCACGGACAGGAUUUGUUUCCUAUUCUGAUAGGAUUCAGUUUUGCUUGUCGUGCAACAUGUGUUAGGAACAGUUGCGUAGAUGUGAUCAAACUGUUUCCAGAUAAAGCGCAUUUAGCACCAGAGUUAUUUCAGGGUUGUCCUGUGUCGUAUAGUACGGACAUAUUUAGUUAUGGGAAACUCCUCGAUAACUAUUUGAAAAAUAUGUCUGUCAUGGAUGACAAAGCGCGAGAUAAGUUGGAAUCCUUCUCGAUACAGUGUAUGGAUUGGAGAGCGCCUCAUCGAUUACCGCACAAAUUUCUUUUCAGGAGAGUGGGCUUGCUUCUGACGGAACUAGGGUACUAGUUCCAUAAGAUUGAUAGGCAAAGAUAAAAAUAUUUUCAACUGUAAA